AUGGCAUCAAAAAUGGCAUUCUCCUUUCUUCUCGCUCUCGUUAUUGCUUGUGCAAUGACAGUGAGAAUUCCGAAUGCGGAAGCUCAGAUUUUUCUUCCUUGCCAAACAACCAAAGAUUGUGAAUACCUUCACUGCUCGAGCGGGACACCUCUGUGUGUAAACAAACAAUGGCAAUGUACCAUUUCAUUGACUCAUCAAGCGAAACUUGACAACUUAAAAAAUCCAAUGACUCAUGCUCAAACGUGCAAGUCGACGAAUGACUGUGAUCCUCGUAUGAGAUUUACAUGUGCCUCUCGAUCUUAUAUGUGUUUUGAUGGCCUUUGUACUUGCACUAAUUAG